UCUCAGACAUUUUCUGAUUAGCCUAUUUGAUCAAAUGAAGUAUUUGAACGGUGUGAGCUAACCGAUUUUGCAGAAAUUGAAAUUCAACUAAUUUAUUAUUUCCAUAAAUAAAUUGAAAGAUUUUUUUUUUUCUUUCGUCACCUCAGACAGUUAUAUUUCGGUAUUUGACACCACGUUUCUAUGUAUUAUAGAGGAAAUUAUGGUGCGAAUAUAUGAUUAUAAGGAAUCUGAUGGGGCCUCGUUCCUUUUGAAUUUCUGACUCUACAAUGAAACAUGGAUAAGUGCUCUUUUUAAAAAAUAUUAUUUAUGUGUAUAUAUAGAUGUGUGUAUAUGUAUUGUUGAAUAAUAAGAUUUGGUAAACAGUCUUUUCUUCCUUCACCCAAAAUCUUUGCCCAAUUCCUUGGCCAGCAAGAUCAUCAUCCCUCCUUAAAAGAACAUUUACUUGAAGACAAAAAAAAUAACAAAGUUUAUGUCUCAUGUGACUAAGAUAAGUCUCAGAGAUGUACUGACCUUUGUUGUCUCUCUCUGUCUUGUCUGAAUCCCAUCCACAUUCAUGAAAGUUCUUUCUUUUUUUCCCUGUCAGCAAAAAAAAAAAAAAGGUAAAGAAGGGCAAGACACAUCUCUCACUCUAUAUAUCAACAUCUCUUAACUGUGUGUUCACAUGACCAUGUAACCGAAAAAAGAAAUCCAAUAGAAAAGUGCUCGGCCUCGUCUCCUCUUCUUUUGACAUUUUCUUUUCGGUGGGUUUUUGUUUCUGCCAUGGAUGCUCUUCUUGAGGUAUCCAUUGACGAGUUCCGCUUCGAGAACGGGUCGGGAACUUGCUGCAAUCCCAUGAACAGUUCUCUCACCUGUUUCCGCAAAGCCCAACACGACAACCCUCCUCCUCCCUCUGGUGAUUCGCCUGUCUGUUUGGAAGAUUUUCCUGUUCUCAGUUACAUCAACCACAUGUUGAUGGAAGAAGAUCUCGAUUGCCAUCACUCUUUCAACUUUCAUGACAGUUCUGCCCUUCAAGCCGCCGAGAGAUCCUUCUACGAAGCCCUCCACGACCAAUCCGAUCAAACCCCUGGUCUUUCCGACCAAUCCGAUAACUUCACCGGAAACUUCAGCACAGCAAGUAGCUCGCAUCAACCGGCUUCAGGUCUUACUGGGUCGCCUGAAAGUGUUCUGUACGGGGAAUCACAGAGAAGGUAUCAUCGUAGGGAUGAUGAUAGCCUUGAAAAUGGCCGAACAAAGAAGCAACCUGCAAUAUCAUUUGAGAUGGAGAUGGCAGAAAAGUUCGAGGACGUACUCUUGUUGUGCACAGGGAGGCAUCAUGACCAAGAAUCAUCACCACACUCGCCGGAAAAUCAGAGUCACAAGAACAGAGCCGGACGAGCAAAGGGCUCGUCGAACCGGUCCCGGAGGCUAAAUCCCGAGCCCGUCGAUCUCCGGAAUCUCCUGAUGCAAUGCGCUCAAGCCGUGGCGAGUUUUGACAACAGGACAGCGACAGAGAAACUGAAAGAGAUAAGAUCACACUCAGAAAGGCAUGGCAAUGGAAUGCAGAGAUUGGCCUUUUACUUCGCGGAAGGGCUUGAGGCUCGUUUUGCUGGAUCCCCAGAGACGCCACCAGUGUUUUAUCCACAUCCUUGCGUCAGAACAUCAAUGGUGGAUACCUUGAACGCUUACAAGGUGAUGGUUCAGGCUUGUCCCAUCAACAAAAUGUCUUACCAUGUCGCUAACAAGACAAUCUUCCAACUUGCUUCGAAAGCAACCAGGCUUCACAUCAUCGAUUUCGGGAUUCUCUACGGAUUCCAAUGGGCUUGUCUGAUACAAGCACUGUCCAACCGACCAGGUGGACCACCAUUACUCCGCAUAACUGGUAUCGAGCUUCCACAACGGGGAUUCCACCCGUCGGAACGGGCAGAGGAGACUGGUCGGAGAUUGAAAAGGUUCUGUGAUAGAUUCAACAUCCCAUUUGAGUACAGCUUCAUAGCAAAGAAGUGGGAAACCAUCAGUCUCGAUGAACUAGUGAUCGAUCGAGAAGAGACAGCGGUUGUCAACUGCUUGUACCGGCUCCGUUACACUCCAGACGAAACCGUGUCCAUGAACUCUCCAAGAGACAUGGUUCUGAAGCUAUUCAGAGACAUCAAUCCCGACCUCUUUGUCUUCGGAGAGGUUAACGGGAUGUACAAUUCUCCCUUCUUCGUGUCGAGGUUCCGAGAAGCGCUCUUCCAUUUCUCGACAAUCUUUGACAUGAUCGAGACAACAAUGCAAGCAGAGGAUGAGUACAGGACGUUGUUAGAGAAGGAGCUGUUCAUGAGAGAUGCUGUGAAUGUGAUUGCCUGUGAAGGGGCAGAGCGGGUAGACAGGCCUGAAACUUACAAGCAGUGGCAAGUUAGGACAAUGAGAGCUGGCUUCAAGCCUGUCAAACUGAGCAGAGAGAUCACGGAAGAAGCUGCGGAGAUGGUGAGAAAAGGGUUUCAUAGGGACUUUGUGAUUGACACUGAUAACCACUGGCUGUUUCAGGGCUGGAAAGGAAGAGUCAUCCACGCUCUUUCUUGCUGGAAACCUGCGUAGAAGUUGACAAAUCAAUCUUGUAACCACUAGAAAACAUAAAUUCGUAGAUCCUUCCUGGGAUUUGCUCUUUCACAUAGCUGUAGUGUAAUGCGUCUUUUUUACCCAAUGAGAGUACAUCUUUUUUUUUAUCCAUUAGAUUGCAUCCAAAACUAGAAAUCAUUUAGAUGAUCUUAUGUUGGAACAUCUUUAGAAUAUCUUGGGUGUUUUUUGUAUGAUAUCAUAAUUAUCAUUACAUUGUUAAAUAAUAAAAAGGAGUUUGGUAAAGCA